AUGAAAUGGCUAGUAGAUGAAAACAUGAUAAUGCAAAACAAAAUGGGUUCCAUCAACAUCUAUUGGACUCUAGCUUCCGAAGAAUACUCAAUGCUAGAUAGAAAGAGGCAUAAUUUGCAAAACAUACUCACCAAGGAAUCACAAAAUUUACUAAUCGAGAAGGAACGACAAACAGAACUAAUCGAAAGGGUGUACGAUUUGUCAAACAAAAGUGAUGAAACAACACCAAAAAAGGAUAGGAAAUCCAAGAUUCCUAUAGAUAUAGAAAAACUGAACCAUGAACAAGUAUCACGACAAUUAGACAAUGUCAGAUUGGAAUUAACUAAAUAUGAAAAUAUGCUAUCCAAAAUGAAGAUUAUGGAACUAUAUAGUAUAGAAUCACUUAAAAGCCAAAUUGAAUUGGCAACUAUUGCCACCCAGAGAUGGAACGACAAUAUACUGAGUGUUAAAUGCUGGUUUACCAAACAUGUACUUAAUAAUAAUUAA